UCUCUCCUUUGCCAACGCCAACGGCUAGUUUUGGGCUUCAUAUCUUCUGAGAAACUGCCGUCAGAGACUAGUUUGAUUUUUUUUAUUGAUCUAACAGGGGAGAAGAUAAAAAUGGAGGAGACGAUGGUGGAUGUUCGGGCUGCCGAUGUGGUUGCAGAAGGUUGCAAUAGAACUGCGACAACUAUGGCGGUGGCUCAUCCUCAUCCGCCUAGGCGGCCGAGGGUAAGGGAAGUAAGCUCUCGGUUCAUGUCUCCGGUGGCAUCAUUUUCCUCCUCCGGCGAUCUGCAUCUUCAUGCUCUCAAGUCCCCCCUUCCUAAUCUUAACAGGCAGCGAUCAAGCUCUGCACAGAGGCAGAGACCGCUCGAUGAGAAUAGCGCUGUUGUUGAUUCCACCUCGGAAACCCCUAUUCAGAGACGACAGCCUAGUCGCGCGGUGAUUAAGCUUUUCAAGGAUAACGGAGGAGGAGGAGGCAGAUAUGGUGGAAACAAGGUCUUCACUCCCUCGAGGCCUGACACCCCAACAGUGACUGCCACGGCAUCUUCAACGUCAUCAAGACUGCGGCCGAUGUUGCAGCGGUCGACCAGUUCAGCUGCCGAAAAGCUGUUGCACUCCAGCGGGAUUGGGUUGUCGAAUACAGGCAACAAUCUCCGAUCUUCCAUGCCUGAGGGCGCAGAAAUGUUGCCAACUGUCUCUGGAAGAUUGCUUACCGAGAGAAACAUCAACAAGCUUAAUGUGACUGGUGGGGAUUCUUUAAAACCCUCUUCCUCACCUUGCUCUCGUUCUUUGAAUUUUCCAUCAUCCACUGGCGAAAACCCCACCUUUCAUCAUUCUAUAAAAGGCAGUGAAAGACCAACAUCAGCUCUCUCCAAGUCACAACCCAACUCCGUCAAGAUGGCCGCGCUUUCUCUCCCUCCAGUGCCGCCUCAGGCAAAGCUAGGGAUUGAUGCCAUCCCAAAGAAAGCAAGGAAAGUUUCCAGUCAUCAAGAAGAUGUGCAUUCUUUGCGAAUGCUUCACAACCAUUAUUUGCAGUGGAGAUACGCCAAUGCAAAGGCAGAGGCUUCUAUGCAAGCUCAGAAAAGAGGAGCUGAGAGCACACUUUAUUCUCUUGUCGUCAAGAUAUCAGAUUUGUACGACUUAGUGAAGCGAAAACGUGCUGAACUUGGACUUCUGCAGAGGUCCAAAACUCUAUCCAAAAUUCUUGAAACUCAAAUGCCAUAUUUGGAGGAAUGGUCUGCUUUUGAGGAGGAUUAUGUAGUUUCUUUGUCAGAGGCAAUCCAAGCAUUACUGAAUGCUUCAGUUCAAAUUCCAGUUGGUGGAAAUGUUAGGGUUGACAUCAGAGAGGUAGAAAAAGCGCUUAGCUCUGCAGCAAAGUUGAUGGAGACUGUAAUGCUCAAUGUGCAAGGCUUUAUGCCGAAGGCUGAAGAAAUAGAGAAGUUAAUUUCGGAACUAGCAAAGGUAACUGAUGGUGAAAAAGCUCUCAUUGAAGAAUCUGGAAGUCUGCUGUCCAAGACAUAUGCAUCACAGGUUGAAGAAUGGAGUGCUCGGAGCCAGCUUAUUCAGUUGCAUCAAAUAUGAAUAUCCCAUUUUCUCACUGCGGGAAGGGAACAACGUUUGAAUCAAUGGAAGUCUUGGGAUGUUAAUGUAUUUGACCUGAUGAACCUCCAUGCAAAAGACUCAGCAAAUGGCAGAAGAAAUUCUUUAAUCAGCCUCAUUUCUUUUCUACAGUAAGCCAUGUUGUGUUUUCUUAUCCCAUUUUCAUCUCUUAAUCCUUUGUAAGAAAAGCAUGUAAAACGUUUGAAAAUAAACUCAUAAUAAUACAAGGAAGUGUGUGUUUUCUUGGUUGUAAGAAUCAUGGAAGGAGUGAUUUGGUUGUAACAAUCUUAGACUCUCAAUU